UUCUGAUUUAAAUUUUUAGGGAAAAUUAAGUCAAAUCAGUUAUCAAUCUCCCGGUGGCUGGCUUGGCUUAAACUCGGAUCAACCGAAAAUUGAAAUCUGGUAGUAGUAGUAGUAGUAGUUGUCGUCGAGGGGCAUGGCCUUUCACGUCGCUUGCCCAAUUACAUGCCAGCGAAUCUGCUUCUGCUCCCUAGGGUUUCCCCUCGGCUUGCGGACCGACAAGAGCCGGAAUGAGUUCCUGGAGACGGUGGCCACAAUUGAGGCCUUGCGCGCCGAUCCCAGCCUCCAUAGGCCUCGCGACUCCGGCACCGUCCAGGUCCUCGUUCCCAAGGUCGUCCCGCCCCCGCCGCCGCCACCGCUGCUGGCCGAGGCCGCCCUCGGCGAUGAAGACGAGGUGUUGCUGUCGGCGAAGACCAAGCGCGCCGCCAUGCAGAGGAAGGCAGCCGUCGCUUCCAUGGUCGCCGAGGAUUACGCCCGGCGGUUCGAGUCCGGUGCUAUGCCGGAUGCCUCUGGAGAUCUUCCUGGAGAGGAUCAGGGUCAGUCUAAUGUCAAAGUAAUGUGCCGACUUUGCUAUUUUGGUGAAAAUGAAGGAAGUGAGAGAGCAAGGAAGAUGCUUUCUUGUAAAAGUUGUGGCAAGAAGUAUCAUAGGAGUUGUCUGAAAGCUUGGUCCCAGCAUAGAGAUUUAUUCCAUUGGAGCUCAUGGACCUGUCCAUCAUGCCGUAUUUGUGAGGUCUGCCGUAGAACUGGAGAUCAGACAAAAUUCAUGUUCUGUAAGAGGUGUGAUGGAGCAUAUCAUUGUUACUGUCAGCAUCCUCCUCACAAGAAUGUGAGCAGUGGACCUUAUUUGUGCCCUAAACACACAAGGUGUCACAGCUGUGGAUCUACUGUCCCUGGAAAUGGUCUAAGCACAAGGUGGUUUCUAGGUUAUACUUGCUGUGAUGCUUGUGGAAGGUUGUUUGUGAAAGGAAACUACUGCCCUGUUUGUUUGAAGGUUUACAGAGAUUCUGAAUCAACACCUAUGGUUUGCUGUGAUGUUUGCCAGCGUUGGGUUCAUUGUCAGUGUGAUGAGAUCAGUGAUGAAAAAUAUCUACAGUUUCAAGUUGAUGGAAAUCUUCACUAUAUAUGUGCAAUGUGCCGUGGAGAGUGCUACCAGGUGAGGGAUCUUGAGGAUGCUGUUCAGGAGCUUUGGAGGAGAAGAGACAAAGCUGACAGUGAUUUGAUUGCAAACUUAAGGGCAGCGGCUGGAUUGCCUACUCAAGAAGAAAUAUUUUCUAUUUCACCUUAUUCAGAUGAUGAAGACAGUGGUCCUAUAUUAAAGAAUGAGUACAGUCGAUCCUUGAAGUUUUCUCUCAAAGCGCUAGUAGAUAAAUCACCAAAGAAGACCAAAGAAUAUGGAAAGAAAUCUUCAAAUAAGAAACAUAAUAAGAAGAAGGGAUACAUUGAUCCCUCGUCAGUUGGGUACAGUGGGGAUGAUGACAAGAAUGGCGACAUGCAGUCCCAUAAAAGUGGAGAACCUUUUUCUUCUCCCGUUGCUGGAAGUUUGAGUGAAGGGAUAUGCUCCAUCAAUCAUGCAGGGGUCCUGAAACAUAAGCUAAUUGACGAGGUCACAGCAGGUAAUGAAAGUAUGAAAUCGAAAGAAAUCCAAAUUAAGGGUACUAAAACUCAUGGCAUGGGCAUUGGAGAUGACACUGGAAUAGAUGCCACCAAGUCUAAGAACACAAUUACAAAAGGACCAAAGCUUGUCAUACAUUUAGGUGGACGCAAUAGAAAUGCAACUACCUCUCCAAAAUCAGAUGCUUCUAGCUAUCAAAGAGAGCAAGAGUUGACAGCUUCAAAUGGUUACUCUGAUGAACUAAAAGGCACAAAGCUCAAAGGGAAAAAAGGGAAGUCAAUAAAGAUCAGAAAAAUUAAUUCAGAUAACUCUGACAUGAACCCUAAAGUCGGCGAGGGGAAUGUGGCUGAUGGAUAUGAAUCUGUUUCUCCAGUGAAGCCACGUGUUUCAUUAGGAAAAAGAAGCUUUGAAGACAGUACAGUUGCUGUGGGGACUGCAACUGAAGGCCCUGGAAGAAGAGGUGGUGAGCUGUCUCUAAGGAAUAACGCGGAUGCUAGGCCAGAAGUAUUUACUGAUGGCAGUGGUGAUACAGGUCGCAUGCCUCUGGGCUCACCUCCUUUACGAAGUGAUUCUAAACCUUUGCUUAAGCUCAAGUUCAAGAAUCCUUAUCAUGAGAAUCAUAGUUCUUGGACUUCUCAGGGUGAGGACGAGAAGAGUUCUGUUAAGGGCCAAAGGUCCAAAAGAAAGAGACCCGGGUCCUUGGUGGAAAAUGCAGCAGCCGGGGAGGAUCAAGAUACCUCACAGCGGUGCGAAGACACUAUGGAUGAAAUCAUGGACGCUAAUUGGAUACUGCAGAAGUUGGGGAAAGAUGCAAUUGGAAAGAGAGUGGAAGUUCAUCAGCCAUCUGAUAAUUCCUGGCACAAGGGAAUGGUAAAAGAUGUCAGUGAAGGCGCCUCAAUCAUAUCUGUCGCUCUAGAUGACGGGAGUACCAGGAACUUAGAACUCGGCAAGCAAGGGAUUCGAUUCGUUUCUCAGAAGCAAAAGCGCCGAUUUGCCUAAACCAGAACUCAGUCCUUUCAUGGGAAAUUCAGAGACCUUCCAUUUUAUACAUGGCAUACCGUAAGAAGCAGCACAAGCAUUUCCUGCCAGGGGCUUGGUGUUUCAUUGCUAGGUAUUAGAGCCUUUAUUCCACUUUUUGCUCAAAUUGCUGCUAGUUCUGCAGCCUCUCUCUCUCUCUCUCUCUCUCUCUCUCUCUUAAAAUUGCAGUUAGCUUUAUCUUCUGGAAACUGUACUUUGGGUUUAUCAAUUUAGGGCAAUGUUCUGGGGCAGGCAGGUAGCAUAAAGAUUUUUGCUCAAAAUCUAGGGGGCUAUCUGGGUUCUGUAAAUGCAGCGGCACCCUUUGUUUAUGCAUUAGUAUAUUUGGAUAUUGACAUUGAAGUGUUAUACAAGCUGUUAAGAGGAACUCUUUUCUUU